CAAAUACCUGUCAAUGGAAGUGGGCAAGUAAUGGUUCCUUUUACAGACCGACUGACCGACCGACAAAAAUUACAAGUCUUUGCUGAUUUAAUAUGUUAAAUAUCGUUAUAGGUGAUAACUGAGACAAACAUCCCGUAAUUAUGGCGGAUAGAGAUCUUUCUAUGGGACCCCGUGAAGGAGUAACUUACCCUGUUAGGGUGCAGUACUGUGGAUAUUGUUCGAUGCCGAUAGAAUACUGCGAGUACUACCCUGAAUACGAUAAAUGCAAGCAAUGGUUGGAAAAAAACUUACCGACCGAGUUUGAAAAAGUAAAGAUUGAUGAGGAAGAGAAUGCUGGCGGCGAAGAGGAGAAAAAGAGGCAGAAGCGUGGUGGCAAGGGAAUGCUAAAAUCCAAAAAGAAAGAGGAUGUACCCAAGCUUGUGCAAGUCUCCCGUGCGCCGCGCGGCAAGAAGAAAUCUGUCACUGUUGUAUCAGGAUUGAGCACCUUUGAUAUUGACUUGAAAGUGGCGGCUAAAUUCUUUGGCACCAAGUUUGCCUGUGGAUCAUCAGUGACUGGAGAUGAUGAGAUAGUCAUACAGGGAGAUGUUAAAGAUGAUCUCUUUGAUAUUAUACCAGAGAAGUGGCCUGAGAUUGAUGAGGAUAGUAUUGAAGACUUGGGUGACCAGAAGAGAUAGUCACAAUUUUAGUGUAACAAGAAUGGGAGAUCUUUAUUCCUCUGUCUGCAUGAAACAUUUGUGACAACAUUUUGUAUCUGUGAUGUUUGUUAUGUUACCUCUGUAUUGUUGCACACUGCUUGGAAGUUAAUUGUGACACCUGGGUCGAGUAUAGUAAAUUUCACAAGUUAGCAUUAUAUUCCUUUUACUAACAAAUAGAAAAGUAAAAAAAAACAAUCAGUCAAUGUGUAGUUUUAUAAAAAGCCACACUGUUGUUUCAAUACUUUUAAAAUCAGAUUUUAUUUGAAAAUUAAUAGCUAGGUUUAGACAAAGCCAGUAACGCUGUAGCCAGUCCUCAGACAAGCCAGCGCUGGCAGUUCUUGAAAAACUGUUUGUUCAACGAGCCAGCGCUUGUUGCCAGUUUCACUCGCUUCAUCUGAACCUAGCUUAAUUGAUGUAACCCUUUAAAGGUCUCUAAAAAGCCCACUUUGUAACAUCUUUUAUUUCUUGUACAGAAUUUCUUCUAUUUCUUGCCCGUUAAAGGGUAAACAGUUUCUAGAAGUGUCUUAUAUCUACACAGUGGCCAACAAUACAGAGGUGUCAGAGGUUCCACCAUUUUGGCAUAGGAGUGAAGUGCUUUGAUUCAUAUCUUCUUUAUUUAUGAGGUACUGCCAAUAAAAUGAAAGAAUA